AUGUCCACACGCCAGCGACAAGAUAAGGCAACUGCAGAUAAGCAUCUCCACAUCCUCCGCACACUCCUCAGAGAUCCACACAACAGAAAGUGCGCUGACUGCUCCAACAAAGAUCCACGCUGGGCAAGUUGGAAUCUCGGUGUAUUUGUCUGUAUUCGCUGCUCAGGCGUACACCGCUCCAUGGGAACACACAUAUCCCGCGUAAAGAGCGUUGAUCUCGAUAUGUGGACGCCUGAGCAAAUACAGUGCAUGCUCAAGUGGGGCAACCGCCUUGCGAAUAUGUACUGGCAGGCUCAUCUUAAACCUGGCCACGUCGUUCCAGAUCACAGAAUUGAGUCCUUCAUUCGCUCUAAAUACGACGGUAGAAAGUGGGCUCGCAAUGGUCCCCUCCCUUCUGAUCCCAGAAUGCUAGAGACUGGCUCCGGUGGCACUUCAGCCAGCGUGAAUAACCCUAUCACUCAAAUACAGAAGGGUGUCAGUGCGGGUAGCGCACCACGUAAAGCUCCCACCCAAGAUCACUCUCAAUCCUCCCUCAUCGAUAUCGCACCUGCUCCCAAAUCCCUGCCCAAAGUGCAGAUCAACACGCGGCAGAUUACUAAACCAGCUGGUAAAAGCGGUAAAAGCGGUGCUACUACUACCAAUACUACUACCACUACUAGUACUACCACCACCGCUAAUGAUACAGCACCUCACAACGGCCUCCUUGAUCUCGAUAUGACAGCAACAUCUCCCACUAACACCGUUAAGAAGGCAAACAAGCAGGACAUCAUGUCCCUCUUCGCUAAACCUCCAAGUAAUUCCAAACCUGUGCAGCCACAGACGAAUGAUAUGAGCGAUCCAUUCUCCAGCCUCAACUUGGGUGCGGGUUCACGCUCACAACCUCAAUCCACAACCCAAAGCCAGAGCUCUGACGCACUGAGUGCGUUGUGGGGCACGAACACGGCAAGCACUCUAACCAACACAGCCAACUCAUUUGAUUUACUAGGUGGCAGUGGUAGUGGCUUUGGAGGUGCACCCGUUGCACAAGCACAAAUGCAAACAAACACAAACACACAUGCACCACCGCGCGCUUCGACAGCCCCUAUACCACCACAGAAGAACCUCCUCGAUGACGACGACUGGGGUCCUACCACAAGUGCUGACGAUAGCAACGCUGAAGCUUUCGACGCUUUUGACGACUGGGGCAGUAGUAGCUGGGCAGCUCCUCCACCCAAUCCAACCAAAUCAUACAAGGCGCAAACUGUAGACUCUAAAAACAGACCUGGGAAAAUAGAACUAACGAAUAACUUCUCUGCACCACCACCUCAACCUACGACUUCAUUAUCUUUCAAUACCUCAAACACCACGUCAUUCAAUGACUUUUUCUCAUCUUCACGUACAAGCAAUAUCAACCUCAAUGAUUCUGGUUAUUCAGACACAAGCAGCAAAUUUUCAAGCGGUAGUCCAUUUGCUGAUAUACCGUCCAAUCUGAAUGAUAUACCAGCUCCAUCUAAGCUGACAUCCGAUCCCUUCAGCGCAUUUCAGUCGACCUCGGGUGGCAGUAUCGAUGUGAGCAGUCCGAAGAAGAAGAGUGGUAACGCGGUUAGCGGAGAUCUAUUCGCAGCUGACAACGCGUGGUCUACACCUGACCCCAUACCAUCUCCCGAGGCAGAGCCUGACAUCAACAUCAAAACCGACACGGACAGCCACGAGAAGGAUGUCUGGUCAACGCCAGAUCCAAUACCAAUGUCUGAUUCAGAGACUAAGGCUGAGCCUGUCGUAUCCACACCUUCAUUAUUUGACGGGGCCGGCGCACUAGAAGCAAACCCAGCAACAUCACCACCACCAUCAGCAUUACCAUCACAAUCGAUGCAUCCGUCCUCUUCUAAUACUAAAUCACAUUCGGGCGAUCUUUGGGACUCGUUUGGCGCGUCUUCCCUACCUUCACCAAAAGUACCUGCAAACGACAGUCUGGGAUUGGAUGGUGAUGUAUGGAGUGCACCGGCGCCAGCGCACGAUCCUACCUCACUCACUGCUCACACCUCACUCACCGCUGCUAGCUCCCCAGCACCAACAUCCGCACCUCAAGUCGACGACAUUUGGUCAGUCAGCGCCAACAAACCACCCACCCCUCCAUCAUCUGCACCACCUCCGGCUAAUCCUACCUCUCUUGAUGACGUGAUGGGUAACGUUUGGGCGUAG